UUACCCGCUGGCUUAUCUCAGUGGAUACCCCAGUUGGCACCACACGGAUCGGACGCACAGAUAUCUGACGCCUCGCAACGCCUGUCUCCCCAACCGCAAACCAUGUUCCUAUGGCUCUGGGAGGAACCUCGCUGGAUACCACAAACACAGUCAUACACCUGUCAUGAAUAAGCACCAUACACCUUCAGUCAUUAUGUACCUUACACCCACUCCUAAUUUGUACCAUACACCUACUCACAAUAGGUACCGUGCAGCAAUGCGCAAUAAGGACCAUACAUUUAGCCAUAGAAAGCAUAAAAAACUCAACCACAACAGGUACCAUACUCCUAUCUACAGUAGGUACCAUACUCCUAUCUAUAGUAGGUACCAUGGGCCUAUUCACAAUAGGUACCACAGCGUUAUCCACAAUAGAUAUCAUGAUCCAAUCCACGAUAAGGACCAUAAACCUACCCAGAAUAGAUACCAUAUACCUAUUCACAGUAAGUGCCAUAAACCUAUCAACGAUAGGUACCAUAAAAUUAUCCACAAUAGGUACCAUAAACCCAUUCAAGAUAGGUACGAUAAACCUAUCCAGAAUAGAUACCAUAAACCUAUCCACAGUAGAUACCAUAAACCUAUCCACAGUAGAUACCAUCUACCUACUUGCAACAGGUACCAUAAACCUAUCCCCAGUAGGUACCAUCUAUCUACCUGCAGCAAGUACCAUCUACCUACCUGUAGCAGGUAUCAUAAACCUAUCCACAAUAGUUACCGUAAACCAAUCAAUGAUAGGUACCAUAGGCCCGUUAAGAAUAGGUACCAUAUACCCACAUACAGCAGGUACCAUAAACCUAUCCAGUAUGGGCACCGUAAACCUGUCCACAGUAGGUACCAUAUCCCUAUCUACAGCAAGUAUCAUAAACCCAUCGGCAACAGGUGUCAGACGCCUAUCCACUGUCAUCACCAUACUGAACCCAAUUACCCAACCACUACUCCUAAUCCUGCCUCUCCUCUACCCACUGAAUCUCCCUCUCCUUUACCCACUGAAACUCCUGAAAUUCUUCCCUCUACUCUGUUCACUGAAACUCCUGAAAUUCCCUCUACUCUGUUCACUGAAACUCCUGAAAUUCCCUCUACUCUGUUCACUGAAACGCCUGAAAUUCCCUCUACUCCAUUCACUGAAACUCCUGAAAACUCCACUACUCAGCUCACUGAAACUCCUGAAAUUCCCACUACUCUGCUCAGUGAAACUCCUGGAAUUCCCACUGCUCUGCUCACCGAAACUCCAGAACCUUCCUCUCCUCUAACCUCCGAAACUCCAGAACCUUCCUCUCCUCUAACCUCCGAAACUCCUGAACCUCUCACUACUCCGCUCACUGAAACUACCACUACUCUGCUCCCUGACGUAAACUCUGAAACUCCCAAUCCUCCAGAUAUUUUACAAAGUCUCAUCCCUGAUUAUCCUGAACUCCGCUCCAUUCUCCCUCUCGAUUCCCCUAAUCUUUCUAGUGUAGUCACUAAUCCGUCUGAACCUUCCACUAAUCCUAUUCCUGAUUUAUCUAAUCCUUCUACCGAUUCUCUUACUCCUUCUGUAUCUUUAAUCCACGACUUCUCUAAUCCUGAAACGCGAUCAGUCCAUAAUUUUCCCAAUCUUCCCGUUACUCUAAUCCACGAGUUCCCUAAUCCGCCAAGUGCCAUAGUCCAUGAAUUAUCCAAUCCUCCUACAACUCUAAUCGCCGGUUCCCAUAAUACUCCUACACUAAUCUAUGAUUAUCCUAAUCAUCCUGAUACUUUAAUCCAUGAUUUCCCUAAUCCUUCAACUACCCUACUCCGGCAGUCAUCUGGUCCUCCUGCAACUCUAAUAUCUGGUUCCCACAAUCCUCCUGCAACUCUAAUAUCUGGUUCCCAUAAUACUCCUACACUAAUCCAUGAUAUCUCUAAUCCUCCCACUGAUCUAAUCCAUAAUUUCCCUAAUCCUCCCCCCACUUUUGUCCAUGAAUUAUCUAAUCCUCUUCGAACUCUAAUCUCUGAUUCUCAUAAUCCUAGUACACUAAUCCAUGAUAUCUCUAAUCCCCCCACUGCUCUAAUCCAAAAUCUUCCUAAUCCCACAAGUACUCUAGUCCACCAGUCAACUAAUCUUCCUUUAGAUAUAAUUUCUGGUUCCCACAAUCCUCCUACAAUAAUCCAUGAUAUCCCUAAUCCUCCCACUCCUCUAAUCCAUAGUUUCCACAAUCCUCCUCCUACCCUAGUCCACCAUUUGCCUAAUCCUUCCACAACUCUAAUCUCUAAUUCCCCCAAUCCUCACUUUUCUGACUCCCCUAAUCUUCCACCUCUAAUCAUUGAUGAUCCUAAUCUUCGCUCUACGCUUUUUACUGAUUCUCAAAAUCCUCCUCUUUUCAGAGAUACUUCUAAUCUACCUUUUCCAAUCACUGGCUACUCUAAUCCUCCUUCUGCUCUAAUCACUAAGUCCCACCAGCCCCAAUCUCCAAUGGAUUAUCCUGAUCAAAGUUCAUCCCUAAUCGUUGAUUCUCAUAAUCCUUCUGUUUCUAUAAAUGCAAAUGCCCCAAAUUCUCCUCCUUCUCUAAUCACUAAAGCACCUAAUCCUGUUCCUCUAA